AUGCACGAUACAUACGCCGAAAUCCUUCUUCCGUUUGCGUCGUCUCCGGAGUUAUUUGAGCGAUAUACUAACGCAUGGGGUGGACUUCGGACUGGCAUGCUUAUGGAGCACCUUGACUCACUGGCUGGAUCGAUAUCUUACAAGCAUAUGUUGGGACCAGACGUAGAAACGCUCGGUCGUAUACGUGAAAGAGGCUUUUACAUUGUCACCGCUUCUGUUGAUAGACUGGACAUUCUCGCCCCUCUCUCGCCUGUCAGGGAUAUCCGCCUGAGCGGCAUAGUUAUCUACACCGGGACCAGUUCGAUGGAGGUGGCUGUAAAGAUGGAAGCUCUCGGUGCAAGCGGCGUGGAAGAUACUCUGCUACUUGGUCGAUUCUCUAUGGUAUGCAGGGACGCCCGAACUCACAAAGCUCGGCCGGUAAACCCACUCAUACUUGGUUCGCCCGAAGAGACUGCAUUAUAUUCUAUGGGCGAAAAUGCAAAGAAGCGCAGACAAUCGUUGGCCCUUCGCUCUCUUUCUAGGGUACCUCCCAGUUCUACUGAAGCAGAAGAAUUGCACACGAUGUACUUGCAAUACGGACAAGACGGUGGUCUGUCCAACUACGAACGUGUUUGGAUGGGCGAGACACAUUUAGAGAAGACCAUGCUUAUGUUUCCUCAAGAGCGCAAUGUCCACCAGAAAGUCUUCGGAGGCUAUCUCAUGCGACUUGCUUAUGAGCUUGGUUUCGCGAAUGCAUCACUCUUCACACGUUCGCACGUAACAUUCAUGUCACUGGACAGUAUCUCUUUCGCCAAACCCGUUCCCAUAGGAUCUAUUUUGCGACUGACCUCGCAAGUUCUUCACACUACCCCUCCCGGGGAGUUCCCUGGUGUAGUGCAUGUUGGGGUCCAGGCUAAUGUUGUCGAUGUGCGGACUGGGCACGAGCAGACUACCAAUGAUUUCCGUUUCACUUGGUAUCCGGACGAUGGUGGAGCGGUCGUUAGACAAGUCGUCCCGAAGACCUAUCAAGAGGCGAUGCUUUGGUUGGAAGGGAAACGAGCACUUGAGAUAGGUGAUCAAAUCAGGGGAGAAAGAAACAAGAAACCAAGCGCCUAG